CUCACAGGAGAGAUAUUAAAUUGCGUUUCUUCGAGUUCUGGGAAUGUGUCAGUGAGCUGUCUCUCUGGAUCUGACUCAAAAUUGAAUUCAACUACUGACUCCCCCACCCCCCGCACGGGUUGCUUGUUUGCUUCCCCCUGGAAACUUCGAUGCGGAGACAUAUAUCUCCUGUUUUUUUCUGAUCAGAUCCUAAAGCGUGCUCCUGCAAUUCGACGCCGUUUUCAGCUAAAUGAUCUUGGAUCUCGCCUUUAAUUCGUCGGAAGGAGCUCGAUUUUACGAGCUGGUGGUUGUAGGAGGAGGUGAUGGUGUUCAGAUCCAGGAUAAAAUGGAUUGCGCUCUUGGUGCUCAUCUUAUCAGUGGGUUCUCUCCUCGUUCAUCUCUCCAUCACAAAGUCUUCAUCUGUGCAGUUGGCUUCUUAUGCGAGAGGCACUCUUUGGCAAGAUUUUGAUUCUUUGUUAGGUGCUCAGGAUUUUAGAAAUAAGCACUUGUGGCGGCCUGUUAAAUCGUUGGAGUCCUUGCAGCCUUAUGCCAAUCCUAGAAACAGUUAUCCUGCGCCCAGUUCAACAAACAACGGCUUUAUUUACGCAAAGAUAUUUGGUGGAUUUGACAAGAUCAGAUCUUCUAUAUGUGAUCUUGUCACCAUCUCCAGGCUUCUAAAUGCUACUCUUAUCAUUCCAGAGCUUCAAGAAAGUCUUCGCUCCAAAGGCAUCAGCAACAAGUUCAAGAGUUUCUCCUAUCUUUAUGAUGAAGAGCAGUUUAUAUCCUUUCUCAAAAAUGAUGUUAUAGUUGCCAAGGCACUCCCUGAGAGCUUGAAAGCCGCGAGAAAAAGGAAUGAGUUUCCUCUUUUUAAGCCCAAAAACUCUGCAUCAACAAAAUUCUACCUCGAGGAAGUUUUGCCAAAACUAAAGAAAGCGAAUGUUAUUGGAUUGGUCGUCUCUGAUGGGGGAUGCUUGCAGUCCACUUUGCCAGCUUCAAUGCCUGAACUUCAGAGACUAAGGUGUAGAGUUGCCUUCCAUGCCCUCCAGCUUCGUUCAGAAAUCCAGGUGCUGGGCAAGAAGAUGGUUGACAGGCUACGUAGAUCAGGUCAACCCUUCCUAGCUUAUCAUCCUGGCUUAGUGAGGGACAAAUUGGCAUAUCAUGGAUGUGCUGAGCUUUUCCAGGAUCUUCACAGUGAACUCAUUCAGUAUCGGCGGGCUCAGAUGAUCAAGCAGAAGUUUAUUUCAGAAGAACUUAUUGUUGACUCACACUUACGCAGGGACAAUGGCUUAUGUCCUCUCAUGCCAGAAGAGGUUGGAAUUCUUUUGAAAGCAUUGGGUUAUUCUCAAAAGGCGAUUAUAUACUUAGCUGGUUCCGAAAUGUUUGGCGGCCAACGUGUUUUGAUUCCUCUGCGUGCCAUGUUCCCUCAUUUAGUGGAUCGGACUUCCUUAUGCAGUACAGAAGAAUUAUCAGAAUUGGUUGGUCCUGAGACGCCUCUUCCAGAAAGUACAUACAAAAUGCCUCAUAGAAAAAGCGAUAAGCAGCUCAAAGAAGAGUGGAACAAGGCAGGUCCUCGGCCUAGGCCUCUCCCUCCUCCUCCAGACAGACCUAUCUACCAGCACGAAAAAGAAGGGUGGUAUGGUUGGCUUACAGAGAAUGAUACAGAACCAACCCCUUCACUUAUGGAUUUUAGGAAUCAAGCACACAGGCUACUGUGGGAUGCGCUUGACUUCGUUGUAUCUGUAGAAUCUGAUGUGUUUCUCCCUGGUUUCAACAACGAUGGUAGUGGGUUGCCAGAUUUUUCGAGCUUGGUGAUGGGUCAGAGGCUCUAUGAAAGACCCUCAUCACGAACAUAUAGACUGGACAGGAAAGUUAUUCAAGAACUUUUCAACAUUACACGUGAGGACAUGUACCAUCCCAACCGUAACUGGACAGUUCGUGUGAGGGAACAUCUUAACUCAAGUUUGGGUGAAAGUGGGAUUAUCAGGCAGUCUAUGUUUUCGAAACCCAGGUUGUUUCUUUCACAUCCACUUCCUGAAUGCUCAUGCAGAACAUCUCCCCUUGAAGAUUCCAGACAAAUACGAAGUGACGACGGCAGAUUUCUCUAUGGAGGUGAGGAUGAAUGUCCUAAAUGGAUGAAAUCAGCUGGGGUGGAAAAGAGUAAAACCGAUGAUGGUGAUCAGCCUGAUUAUGAACAUGACCUUCUCACUGAACAGUCAGAAACUGAUGAAGAAUUUGCUAAAAGUAAGGUGGCUUCAGCUUUUGACCAGGAUGAAGAAUGGGAUCCCAAUGACAAGUAAUGUAUCAAGGAUGCAGAUUCUGCAGUCAGGUGUCAUUGGAUAGCUAAGGCGAAAAGCAAACAAACGGAGGUUUUUUUUCUUGUCUACAGUUACUGAGAAUAAGCUUUUAGUGUUAUUCUUUUGGUAGUAGUUUCUUGCAAAUUAGUUGCAUACUCUAUAUACGUCAGAGCUUUCUCAAAGAUAUUGGUAUUGCCUCCAAGCGCCCUUAUGCAGCAAGGAUUACUAUACGCAGCAAAGGACGAGCAUUAUGCUUCAUCCCUCUCUGAGGUCUUCCCAUGAAGCAAAUGUGAAGCUGGAGGUAUCUUUGUUUUUUUCCACAUUCAUUGUAAAUCUGAUAAAGGUUCAUUCAGAUUCUUUUUCUUUUCUCCUUUUCUACAAUAGUUUUUGUUUUCUGGAUUUGUUAUUGAGUUUGACACACUACAGAUAUGAAAGAUAAAAGUAAAUUUCAACAGAGUUUUAAUAUUCAA